UGCUCUGAGGAUUUUGUGACAAAUCUCCGCUAUGGUGGCAAGCUGAGGGCUUUGUUGUGUGGAGAAAUGCACGUUUCUGGUAGGGCAGAAGACAAGGACUACCCCAGCCCUGGGGAUCUGAUUGAGGUCAAAUGGGGACGUUAUGAACACUGGGCCCUCUACCUGGCGAAAGGACAUGUCCUCCAUGUGAUACCUGAUGAAGGAGCCACACACCUGUCACCCAGCAGUGGGUCUGUAUUUCUCAGAAAAGCCAUGGUGAAGAAGGCGGACCUGGAAUUGGUGGCUGGAAAUGAUACAUGGCGUGUCAACAACAAGUAUGACCGCUCCCGCACUCCUUUCCCUAUGGAGGAAAUCAUCCGGCGUUCUGAGCCAUGGAUUGGCAAGGAGCUGGCAUAUCGUUUGUUCCUCAAGAACUGUGAGCACUUUGUGACAAUGCUCCGCUACGGAGAUGGAGUCUCUGAGCAGGCCAACACAGCACUUCUAAGUAUCAAUUCCAUUUCUUCUGUAGUGAUGGCUGGGAUAGGAAUUGCUGGUCUUGUGGCUGCGGCUGGUAUUCCUGCGUUUGGAUUUCCUCUUUUGGCCUCUUGUGCGGUUUCUGGUGGUGGUAGUCUUGCCAGUAUUGGUUUAACUUCCAGCAAUAUUGUUCAUUACGUCUCUUUUGCCAAAUUUGCAAAGGCAGGGAGAGAUAUACUAGAAAAGAGUUGCUGUUAG